AUGACUACACAAUCCACUUCUUUGAUUAAUAUUGUUGAGAACGAUUAUCAUGAAGGUGAUGUAACCCCGAAAGACAUUAACAUAGAACUUCAACAACCUGAAACUCCAAGCCUCGAAGAACAUCCAACAACUUUUUCUAAUCUUAAGAAUCCAUCUCCUAAAGAUAUUUUAAAUCGUUUAAUUAUAUCUUAUGAAUAUCGAGAUCAUACAUUUUGCAUGGAUUUAUCAUAUUGUACACUGAUUAUCAUGAUUCUAUGUGCACUCUGUAUGAUGCUCUAUUGGAUAUUUGAAAAUCGAUGUAAAAAUAUUGAAAAAUCUGUUUAUUGUGAUUUUACUAUCAUUUGGGAAGUUAUUGGAAUUAUUUCUGUCAUACUUAUACCUGUUUCUCUCAUCGUGAUGGGUAUAGCUUGGUCAAGAUAUGCUUUCAAGGAUAAAUAUGUAAAACUGCGAAAUUGUACUGAAACAUGUAUUUCUUUAAAAUUAGAGAAAAAUCAAUGGUUAAGAUAUGUCGAACACAUUUACGAUUCAAAUCGUACAAAAACACCGAAAUAUGUACAAGGAUAUUGUUCACUAUUUACACGACGACGAGAGAAACAACAAUUAUUACAACAUGAUCACGGAUAUAUUAUUCUAUGUCCAAAUGGAUCUUUCAUUAUUGAUGAAAUGUUUUGUAUGGAACAUACUCAUUCUAUUAUCCAGGCUGAAUUAGUUUUCGUAGAACCUGAUUAUGUUUUAAAACUUUUUUUAAAUGAACGUCGAUGUCUUAAGUGUUUGUCUAAUCGACCAAAAGUAUUUGCAAUUGAUUUAUUCCUACCACCACAAUAUCAGAAUCAACAAAAAUUAGAGGAAAUUGGGCAAAUUCUUAAAUUACCUAUUCUUAAUACCAAUGUUCUUGAACAACAUCGAUACUAG